AUGUUCCCUAAAACCUGCAGCAAGCACAACAUCCGACGCACCGUGCUCGGCACCUGCGUCGUGCUGGCCGCCGACGGCGGCGCCAGCGGCGGGGCUCGGCCCGACAAGGUGACCAUCACCCUUUGCCGGCGUCGGGGGUGCUGGCGAGCCCUCAGCUCGCGGAAGGUGGCCGCCUUCGCCUUCCCGGAGGCGUCCGGCCCCACCUCCGUCACUGCCCCGCUGGACCUGGAGUACCUCUUCAAGUGCAGCGGGAAACCAGACGCCGAAGCCACGCAGAUCAAGAUCUGUGUGGCGUACCGCCGCGGUGCAACUCGCAAGGCCCGCGUUAGCCUGGAGGAGCUCCUGGAGUCGCUGCUGGAUGGAGGGCGACCUGGCAGCUUCUACUUGUACAUCUAUGAAGACAAAGUCGGCCUCCAGCAAGCCAGUCAGCAGUUCCAGGCCCUUCCCACAACAUGGCCACUGGAACAGAAACCCGACAAGGGAAAGAAGGCCAUCCUCACCGUGGCGCAGAUAUUCAUCUCCCGCCUCGCAGGACCCAGUGACCGCCAGCUGGAGGACCUGCGGCGGAGCCACGGCGUCAGCAUCGUGCGGGUCAAGCGAACCCUGCACAUCAAGGGCGACAGGGAUGCUGUCCUGCGGUGCCACCGACACAUACGCGACGAGAUCGCCGAGUGGCGGAGUGCCCAUGAAACAUCACCCUCAUCAGCCUCAUCAUCACGGGUCAUUGCUUCAAAGAGUGCCCAUGGAUCAUCACCCUCAUCAGACGAGUCAUCACGGGUCGUCACUUCAAAGAGUGCCAAUGGAACAUCAGCCUCAUCAGACGAGUCAUCACGGGUCAUUGCUUCAAAGAGUGCCCAUGGAUCAUCACCCUCAUCAGACGAGUCAUCACGGGUCGUCACUUCAAAGACUGCCCAUGGAUUAUCACCCUCAUCAGACGAGUCAUCACGGGUCGUCACUUCAAAGAUUGCCAAUGGAACAUCAGCCUCAUCAGACGAGUCAUCACGGGUCGUCACUUCAAGGACUGCCCAUGGAUUAUCACCCUCAUCAGACGAGUCAUCACGGGUCGUUACUUCAAAGAGUGCCCAUGGAUCAUCAGCCUCAUCGGUGAUGGCGGUCACCAAUUCGGCGGAUGCCCAUGGAUCAUCAGCCUCCACGGACCAGUCAUCACGGGUCAUUGCUUCAAAGGCUGCCCAUGAAUCAUCAGCCUCGACCAUAGCAGCGGAGGUCACCAAGUCUGGGGCUGCCCAUGAAUCAUCAGCCUCCACGGACCAGUCAUCACGGGUCAUUGCUUCAAAGGCUGCCCAUGAAUCAUCAGCCUCGACCAUAGCAGCGGAGGUCACCAAGUCUGGGGCUGCCCAUGAAUCAUCAGCCUCCACGGACCAGUCAUCACGGGUCAUUGCUUCAAAGGCUGCCCAUGAAUCAUCAGCAUCCACGGACCAGUCAUCACGGGUCAUUGCUUCAAAGGCUGCCCAUGAAUCAUCAGCCUCCACGGACCAGUCAUCACGGGUCAUUGCUUCAAAGGCUGCCCAUGAAUCAUCAGCCUCCACGGACCAGUCAUCACGGGUCAUUGCUUCAAAGGCUGCCCAUGAAUCAUCAGCCUCCACGGACCAGUCAUCAUGGGUCGUCACUUCAAAGGCUGCCCAUGCAUCAGCCUCAUCGGUCCUGGCCACUCCGUCAGUGGCCGCACGCGGUGCAGGGCUCACCGCCCGGACGGGCUCGCCACACCGCCUCCCGUUGCACCGGAGGCUGGUGAAGGCGGACCCGUCGUCACAGAAGAGAGAGAAGUGGAGGCCGCUGAUGUUGUCCAGCAGCCAGGCCAGCGGCAUGGAAGAGGUGAAGACUGGCUUCCUAAGCGAGGCACAUUGCACCCUGACGGCCGCGUUGCCGUCUUUCUUGCACAGCUUCGCCAAGGGCACACGCAGCUCACCCUCGGCGUGGCAGCCUUGAAUCCCUGCGACGCAAGACCAGCCUUCCACGGGGAGUUUGACGGAGGCGACCGUACGCCUCCUCUUCAGGCAGCAGGUGGAGUCCUUGCACGAGAGCUUGAUGGAGUCCACCAGGGAGGAGCCUCGCUCCAGGGUUACCCACACGUUGAAUUUCUGUCGAGAUGCAGAGUUUCCCAUCGUU